AUGGGAGCAGCACCACCACCUCCCCCACCUCCUGGCUACCGACCGCCUGUCGACCCCAAGGUGGCCAAAUUUGCACAGAAGAAAACCGAGUGGCUACGGACGCAGCGCAACAAGUUCGGCGAAAAGCGCAAAGCUGGCUAUGUCGAGACACAGAAGGCUGAUAUGCCACCCGAGCAUUUGCGGAAGAUAGUGAAGGAUAUCGGAGAUGUGAGCCAGAAGAAGUACAGCUCAGACAAGAGAAGCUAUCUCGGUGCGCUCAAGUACAUGCCUCAUGCUGUCUACAAGCUUCUCGAGAAUAUGCCAAUGCCAUGGGAGGAAUCGCGCGAAGUCAAGGUGCUAUAUCACGUCAACGGCUGUCUGACUCUGAUCAAUGAAUCGCCACGAGUUAUCGAACCCAUCUUCCACGCACAAUGGGCUACAAUGUGGGUUACCAUGCGCAGAGAAAAGAGCGACCGCCGACACUUCAAGAGAAUGCGCUUUCCACCUUUCGACGACGAGGAGCCGCCACUCGAUUGGUCCGAGAAUAUCGAAGACGUUGAUCCUCCGGAGCCUAUACAGAUGGAGCUGGAACCCGACGAAGAUUCUGCCGUCAUCGAAUGGUUCUACGAACACAGACCGCUCAUCGACUCGUCACAUGUCAAUGGUCCCAGCUAUAGAAAAUGGAACCUGUCGCUACCGCAAAUGGCAACCCUGUACCGUCUGAGCCAUCAACUCCUUAGCGAUGUCGUCGAUAAGAAUUACUUUCACAUGUUCGAUCGGGAGAGCUUUUUCACAUCGAAAGCUUUGAAUGUGGCCAUCCCUGGCGGUCCCCGAUUUGAGCCGCUCUACAAAGACAUUGAUCCGAAUGACGAGGAUUUCGGCGAGUUCAACGCAAUCGAUCGCAUCAUCUUCAGAGGUCCGGUACGUACGGAGUACCGCGUGGCAUUUCCUUACUUGUACAAUUCUCUGCCUCGGAGCGUCAAGAUUGGUUGGUAUUCACACCCUCAGGUGUGUUACCAGCGGACAGAUGAUCCAAAUCUGCCGGCGUUUUAUUUCGACACGACCAUCAAUCCGAUCUCCUCGCGCUCCGUUGCACCGAAGAACCUGACCAUCAGUCACGAGGACGAGAUAUUUGGUGACGAAGAUGAGGACGAAUUCGAGCUGCCAGGCAAUGUGGAGCCCUUUAUGGCUGAGGAAGAGCUCUAUAAUGACGAGACUGCUUCAGCCAUCCAACUGUGGUGGGCACCAUAUCCAUUCGACCGUCGGUCUGGCAAGAUGUGGUAUCUUGAGCAUGUGCCGUCCGGUCAGCCGGUCAAAGUCAGGGUCUCAUACCAGAAGCUGCUGAAGUCAUUCGUUUUGAAUGAGCUGCAUAAGAAGAAACCGAAAGCGAUGCAGAGACAGGAUCUGCUGAAGACGCUGAAAGCCACCAAAUUCUUCCAACAGACGUCGAUCGACUGGGUCGAAGCUGGUCUUCAAGUCUGUCGGCAGGGCUUCAAUAUGCUCAACUUGCUCAUCCAUCGCAAGAAUCUUACGUAUCUCCAUCUUGACUACAACUUCAACCUGAAGCCAGUCAAGACGCUGACUACUAAGGAGCGAAAGAAAUCACGCUUCGGCAACGCUUUCCAUCUCAUGCGUGAGAUCUUACGGCUGACAAAGUUGAUCGUGGAUGCCCAGGUCCAGUACAGACUCGGCAACAUUGAUGCCUUCCAGCUCGCAGAUGGCAUCCUGUACGCCUUCAACCAUGUGGGCCAGCUCACUGGUAUGUACCGAUACAAGUACAAACUGAUGCAUCAGAUUCGGUCUUGCAAAGAUCUGAAGCAUCUGAUCUACUAUCGCUUCAAUUCCGGUCCUGUUGGAAAAGGUCCUGGCUGCGGCUUCUGGGCUCCAGCAUGGCGGGUGUGGCUGUUCUUCAUGCGAGGCAUCAUUCCACUGCUUGAGCGUUGGCUGGGUAAUUUGCUAUCUCGUCAGUUUGAAGGCCGCCACAGCAAGGGUGUCGCGAAGACGGUCACAAAGCAGCGUGUUGAGUCACACUUCGACCUGGAGCUGCGAGCGUCGGUCAUGGCCGAUCUGAUGGAUAUGAUGCCUGAGGGCAUUCGACAGAACAAAGUGAACACUGUUCUUCAACACUUGUCCGAAGCUUGGAGGUGCUGGAAAAGUAACAUUCCGUGGAAGGUGCCUGGUCUCCCUGCUGCCAUUGAAAAUAUCAUCCUGCGAUACGUCAAGAGCAAAGCUGAUUGGUGGAUAUCUGUCGCUCAUUACAACCGCGAACGUAUCCGACGUGGAGCCACAGUCGACAAGACAGUCGCGAAGAAGAAUUUGGGACGGUUGACUCGCCUUUGGCUGAAGGCAGAACAAGAACGGCAGCACAACUACCUCAAGGACGGCCCAUACGUAUCGUCUGAAGAGGCUGUGGCGAUCUACUCGACGACUGUGCACUGGCUGGAGUCUCGAAAGUUCACACCGAUACCAUUUCCGAGUGUGAGCUACAAGCACGACACCAAGAUCCUCAUUCUUGCGCUCGAAAGACUGCGAGAGGCAUACUCGGUGAAAGGAAGAUUAAACCAGAGUCAGCGAGAAGAGCUUGCCCUGAUCGAGCAAGCAUACGACUCACCUGGCACUACACUGAGCCGAAUCAAGCGUUUCUUGCUCACACAGCGUGCGUUCAAAGAAGUCGGCAUCGACAUGAACGACAACUACAGCUCAAUCAACCCGGUCUACGAUAUCGAGCCAAUUGAGAAGAUCACCGAUGCGUACCUCGACCAGUAUCUCUGGUACCAGGCUGAUACACGCAAUCUUUUCCCUGCGUGGGUGAAGCCGUCCGAUUCUGAAGUGCCACCGCUACUCACCUACAAGUGGGCGCAGGGAAUCAAUAACCUUACUGAUGUCUGGGAGACGUCUGAAGGCGAGUGCAAUGUCAUGAUUGAGACUCAGCUUUCCAAGAUCUACGAGAAGAUCGAUCUAACGCUGCUGAAUCGACUGCUUCGACUGAUCAUGGAUCACAAUUUGGCGGACUAUAUCACGUCAAAGAACAAUGUUCAGCUCAACUACAAGGACAUGAAUCACACCAACAGUUUCGGUCUGAUCCGAGGCCUGCAGUUCUCAGGCUUUGUCUAUCAGUACUAUGGACUGGUCAUCGACCUGCUCCUGCUGGGCUUGCAGCGUGCCAGCGAACUAGCUGGGCCUCCGCAAAGUCCCAACGACUUCCUGCAAUUCAAAGAUCGUGAGACCGAGACCAGGCAUCCGAUCAGACUUUACACGAGGUACAUCGACCGGAUUUGGGUCUUCUUCCGCUUCACUGCCGAAGAGUCCAAGGACCUAAUCCAGCGAUUCUUGACUGAACAGCCGGACCCAAAUUUCGAGAAUGUUAUCGGCUACAAGAACAAGAAGUGCUGGCCACGCGAUUCUAGAAUGCGCUUAAUGCGACACGACGUCAAUCUUGGCCGAGCAGUAUUCUGGGACCUGAAGAACAGACUGCCACGAUCCAUCACUACGGUCGAAUGGGACGACACUUUCGCUAGUGUGUACUCUCGCGAUAAUCCGAACCUGCUGUUCUCAAUGUGCGGCUUCGAAGUCCGCAUCCUACCCAAGAGCAGAACACAGAACGAUGAGUUCUCCACGAAAGACAGCGUAUGGGCUCUUGCCAACAAUGAGACGAAGGAGCGCACAGCCUUUGCAUUCCUGCAGGUCACGGAAGACGACAUCGCGAAGUUCAAUAACCGGAUACGACAAAUCUUGAUGUCUUCUGGUAGCACCACCUUCACCAAAAUUGCCAACAAAUGGAACACCACUCUGAUCGCACUCUUCACGUACUACCGCGAGGCAGCUGUGUCCACUGUCAGUCUUCUCGAUACCAUCGUCAAGUGUGAGACAAAAAUCCAGACUCGAGUCAAGAUAGGACUGAACUCGAAGAUGCCUUCUCGGUUCCCGCCUGCUGUUUUCUAUACGCCGAAAGAGCUUGGCGGUCUUGGCAUGAUCUCUGGCUCGCAUAUCCUUAUCCCGACAAGUGACAAGCGAUGGUCCAAGCAGACUGAUACUGGCGUCACUCAUUAUCGCGCCGGCAUGACGCAUGACGAAGAGACCUUGAUUCCCAAUAUUUUCCGGUAUAUCAUCCCGUGGGAGGCGGAAUUCAUCGACUCUCAACGCGUGUGGACGGAGUACUCCCAGAAGCGGAUGGAAGCCAACCAGCAGAACCGACGACUUACUCUCGAGGAUCUAGAAGACAGCUGGGACCGUGGUCUACCUCGUAUCAAUACGCUAUUCCAGAAAGACCGAAGCACGCUGUCAUUCGACAAAGGUUUCCGCGCCCGGACCGAAUUCAAGCAAUACCAGCUCAUGAAGAGCAAUCCUUUCUGGUGGACCAGUCAACGGCAUGAUGGCAAGCUCUGGAAUUUGAACGCGUACAGGACAGAUGUUAUUCAGGCUCUCGGUGGUGUAGAGACCAUUCUUGAGCACACUUUGUUCAAAGCAACAGCUUUUCCAUCCUGGGAAGGUCUUUUCUGGGAACGAGCCAGUGGUUUCGAAGAGUCAAUGAAAUUCAAGAAGCUCACCAACGCGCAACGAAGCGGUCUCAACCAGAUCCCCAAUCGUCGCUUCACCUUGUGGUGGUCACCAACCAUCAAUAGAGCCAACGUCUACGUCGGUUUCCAGGUCCAACUCGAUCUCACAGGCAUCUUCUUGCACGGCAAAAUCCCGACACUCAAGAUUUCGCUGAUCCAGAUCUUCCGUGCCCAUUUGUGGCAGAAGAUCCACGAAAGUGUGGUCAUGGAUCUUUGCCAGGUCUUCGAUCAGGAUCUCGAGCAGCUUGGCAUUGAGAACGUUCAAAAGGAGACAAUCCAUCCCAGAAAGUCGUACAAGAUGAACAGCUCUUGUGCCGACAUCCUUCUGUUCGCCAGCCACAAGUGGAAUGUCACUCGGCCGUCUCUGCUAGGCGACACGAAAGAUCAGAUCGAGGCAACCACGACCAACAAAUUCUGGAUUGAUGUGCAAUUACGAUAUGGCGAUUACGAUUCUCACGACAUUGAACGAUACGUCCGAGCGAAGUACCUCGACUACACUACUGACAGCAUGAGUAUCUAUCCUUCACCGUCAGGUCUUAUGGUUGGUAUCGAUCUGGCAUACAACCUGUAUUCUGCUUAUGGUCAAUAUUUCCCUGGUCUCAAGCAGCUUAUUCAACAAGCGAUGGCUAAGAUCAUGAAGGCCAAUCCUGCACUCUACGUGCUGCGAGAACGCAUUCGGAAAGGUCUACAGUUGUAUGCAUCCGAGAGCAAUCAGGAGUUCCUGAACUCGCAGAACUACUCGGAACUUUUCAGCAACCAGACGCAGCUGUUCAUCGAUGACACCAAUGUCUAUCGUGUGACGAUCCACAAGACAUUCGAAGGUAACUUGACCACCAAGCCGAUCAAUGGUGCGAUCUUCAUCUUCAACCCACGAACUGGCCAGCUGUUCCUCAAGAUCAUUCACACCAGUGUUUGGGCUGGCCAGAAGCGUCUUGGACAGCUGGCGAAAUGGAAAACUGCAGAAGAAGUCGCAGCCUUGAUCAGAUCUUUGCCCGUUGAAGAGCAACCCAAGCAGCUUAUUGUUACUCGCAAAGGUCUACUUGAUCCGUUGGAAGUGCAUCUUCUCGACUUCCCAAACAUCUCCAUCAGAGCAUCCGAAUUGCAGCUUCCGUUCAAGGCCGCCGUUAAGGUCGAGAAGCUAGCCGACAUGAUUUUGCAAGCCAAGGAGCCACAGAUGGUCUUGUUCAACCUCUACGACGAAUGGCUGAAAUCCGUCUCGUCAUACACGGCGUUCUCGCGUCUCGUGCUGAUUUUGCGAGCAUUACACGUCAACCCGGACAAGACAAAACUGCUACUGCGUCGCGAUAAGACGGUCAUCACUCAAGCGCAUCAUAUCUGGCCGACACUCACGGACGAAGACUGGGUCAAAGUCGAAGUCGAGCUCCGCAAUCUAGUCCUCAACGAUUACUGCAAGAAGAACAAUGUCAACAUGCAGUCACUUACACAGUCUGAAGUCCGCGACAUCAUUUUGGGCAUGGAGAUCUCUGCUCCAUCGUUGCAGCGUCAACAAGCCAGCGAGCUCGAGGAGAACAAGGACCAGCAACAACUUACCGCGGUCACUACCAAGACCCAAAACGUACGCGGCGAAGAGAUCAUCGUCACAACUACCUCCCAGUACGAACAGCAACAGUUCGCUUCGAAGACCGAAUGGCGUACCCGAGCCAUCGCCAGCUCAAAUCUACGGACGCGCGCGAACAAUAUUUACAUCUCGCCCAGCGACGACAUCACCGACACCGACGACUCCUUUACCUACAUCCUUCCGAAGAACAUCCUCAAGAAGUUCAUCACGAUCGCCGACCUCCGCGUCCAGGUCGCCGCUUACAUCUACGGCUCCUCCCCACCCGACAACCCACAAGUCAAAGAAAUCCGAUGCAUAGUCAUGAUCCCCCAGGUCGGCGGCCUGCGUGACGUGCAACUUCCCCAACAACUUCCGCAGCACGAGAACUUGAACAACCUCGAACCCCUGGGCCUCAUCCACACUGUCUCCGGCAACGAGAGUCCGUACAUGACGCCCGCCGAUGUUACUACACAUGCAAGGUUGAUGGAGCGCUUUGACAGUUGGGACAAGAAGACAAUCACCCUCUCCGUCGCCUUCACCCCGGGCUCCGUCAGCUUGUCAUCCUGGGCCCUGACGCCUGAGGGAUACAAAUGGGGCGCAACCAACAAGGACACGCAGUCCGACAAUCCCGCCGGCUUCUCUACGUCCUUCGGCACGAAGACUCAACUCCUUCUAUCCGACAAGAUAAGGGGAUACUUCAUGACGCCGGAGAAUGAUGUAUGGAACUACGCGUUCAUGGGCGCAAGCUGGGGUGGGGUGGAGAAGAGGGGGGUGUUCGUGAAGGUGGAUGUGCCCAAGGGGUACUAUGAUGGGGUGAUGCGGCCGGUACAUUUUAGCAGUUUUGGGGAGUUGGAGGAUGGGGGUGUUGAUCGGGAUGACUACUUUGCAUAG